AUGAAUUUUCUCGCAACCAUUGCUCUUCUUGUGGUAUGCAUAGCUUCAAUAGUUAGUGCGACAGCCAUCCGAGAGAAACGACAAUUCCCUUACAGUCCAUAUGGAUUCAAUCGAGGAUAUGGUGGAUAUGGAUUCAAUCGAGGAUAUGGCCCUUACGGAGGCAAUCCCUAUAACCCUUAUGGUGGAUUCCGACGAGGACCCACCGUCAUUGAAAAGACUGUAAUCUACCGAGGAUGA